UGGGUAUACAAAAAUCAGUGGUACUUUCGACAUAUCCAAACUUAAAAACAUAUCAAUCGUGACCCGAAAACAAUAUACUGCAAAGGUUUAGUGUUUUCCGGGUGCGUUAAAUCACAGAUCAAAUCUGACCAAGUAGCAAUAAAGUCGGCAGAUUUUGAACAAAACACAAGGGUUAAUAGUCCUCGAGCAGCAAAGAAUUAAAAAGAUUAAAAAGAAAGAAAGAAUUGAGUUCCUUUCUUGUAUUACAUACUUGGAAAGUAGCAAUUUAUGAUAGGAAAAUUGAUCUUUUAUGUUGAAUUUGGAGUAUAAAUGGAUGCAGUCUAUGUAAAUCUGAUGUUUUAAAGAUACUAUUGUUUCUAAAACUAUAUGAACAGCAAAUUUAAUUCAAUUAAAGUUUUAAAUAUAGAAAAUGUCAUUUGUUUAUUCUUUUUUUUGUUGGGGAAGACUUGGUUUCAAUUCUAGGCAAUGUGCAAUCUGGAUCUAACUAGAUUUGACUAGGUUUGACUCAACCGCUUCUUACACUGACUGCUUCUGCCUUUAGUAUCAGUGUAUGACUGUAAAAUUUGACCAAUACACAGUCAGCCUCUAAACAUGUAAAAUUGUAUAUUUGAGAUUAAAUUUACACAUUUGGUGUAUGUCUUGUUGGACUUUACAGUAGUUGAAGUGCUUUAAUGAUGAAUUCCUUUCGUAUUCUGUGAGGGAUUUAGGCCUAUUAAUACUUACCCUGGACCUCCCGAGCUGCACUGGCAAUUAAUCGAACAUUCCUGAGAUGUAAAUCCUUGUUUUGGGAAAAGAAAGAAAUAAUAGUAUCAAACAUAUUCUGAUUCAUUACAUUUUCCAAAACCAUUGACAUGAUCAUUUAUAAUGUUCAUCUUCUCUUUUCAGUCCCAGAAACCCUGGAUAGAAAGCACUUUCACCAAGAGGGAAUGUGUGUACAUACUUCCAGUGUCAAAGGACCCCCACAGAUGCCUUCCAGGAUGCCAGAUUUGCCAGCAGCUAGUCCGGUGCUGCUGCGGACGUCUGGUGCGGCAGCAUGUUGGCUUCACAGCCAGCCUGGCCAACAAGUACUCGGACGUGAAGACGGCUGAGGGCUCCGGCAGAGCCGCGCUGGAGCUGGAGGAGUGGUCGGUGGAAAAACACACAGAGGCCAGCCCUACUGACGCCUAUGGUGUCGUUAACUUCCAGGGAGGCUCGCACUCCUAUAGAGCCAAGUAUGUGCGUUUGUCCUACGACUCUCGUCCGGAGAGCAUCCUUCGGUUGAUGCUGAAGGAGUGGCAUAUGGAGCUGCCCAAGAUUCUGAUCUCUGUCCACGGAGGCGUGCAGAACUUUGAGCUGCACCCUCGCAUCAAGCAGGUGGUUGGCAAGGGCCUCGUCAAGGCAGCCGUCACCACAGGUGCCUGGAUUCUUACAGGAGGGGUCAACACAGGUGUAGCAAAGCAUGUCGGUGACGCUCUCAAAGAGCAUUCUUCCAGAUCAUCCAAGAAAAUUUGCACUAUUGGCAUUGCAUCCUGGGGAGUCAUCGAAAACAGAACCGACCUCAUCGGUAGAGAUAUCAUUGCUCCAUACCAGACCCUGCUCAACCCCCUCAGCAAACUCAAUAUUCUCAACAGCCUCCACUCACAUUUCCUACUCGUUGACGACGGAACGGUGGGCAAGUACGGUGCGGAGGUCCAACUCCGGCGCGACCUGGAGAAGCAUAUCAACCUCCAAAGAAUACAUGCACGCAUUGGUCAGGGUGUUCCUGUUGUGGCACUCAUCUUUGAAGGGGGUCCCAAUGUGAUCUUGACUGUACUUGAUUACCUUCAAGAGACCCCUCCCGUCCCCGUGGUUGUGUGCGAGGGCACGGGCCGAGCCGCUGAUAUACUAGCCUACGUCCACAAGCAAACUGAAGAGGGCGGGUAA